AUGAAUCCAUCGGCGAUAAGACGUGAAUUUCAAGAUUUAGCGGCUCAGACAGGCCCACAAGAAUUGCGUUUUUCACCUUUUCGUAAUAUGAACGAUUUUUUAAUUGAUAAUUAUUGGAGUAUGCCAAAUUUCAGUGAUAUCAAUUAUCCCGUUGAUUUUCUGUUUGGUUUGGUGGUUGUUUCCGCCGUACUCAUGGCAUUUGUUUACGUAUCACCGUCAACAAAAUUACAAUCACCGACAGCUUCGAUCGAAAGCUUUUUGCAAACAUUAAAACGUGAUCGACCUAUUAUUAUUCUCGUCGCUUUAUUAGGCGUUUCCUAUUUGAUACUUAGUAUGCUAGGAAAAAUACUGGUUUUUAUUGCUGGAAUUGUAUUGCCGAUUCAGGCAAUCUUACUUCAUGCUGCAUUUAGAAAACGUAAUAUAGUAAAUAAAAUAGCAAAUAAAGUGGAAUUAUUUGGUUUAAAAAAUACCCCAAUUCGAAAUCCAACGUCACAAUCGAUUCGUUUGGCACCAUUACGUUCAAUGAAAGAAUUUGUUGGUGGUAAUAACUGGACUAUUCCGUCAGAUCUUCAACAUUUAAAUGUGCUUCAAAAACAAGUUCUACAAAAUUUAGUUUAUUAUCAAACCAAUUAUUUGGCAUUUCUUGUUUCCGUAUUUAUUCUCGUUGCAUUAUACAAACCUGCUGCUAUUGUUUUUGGUUUAUUCGUGACAUUAGUUGUAUUGGGCGCAUUUGUUUAUCUAAGUAAACAUGGAGGAGCGUUAAAUGCAAUAAAAAGAAAUCGACCAUUGGUAAUGUUGGCUGGUAUUUUGGUAUUGUCAUUUUUUAUAAUCAAAUUUUUUGGUACAAUAUUUGCAUUUCUGUUUGGAAUUGUUCUUCCAAUUGCAGGCAUUAUUGCCCAUGCUGCAAUGCGUGGAGCUACAUUUCAGAAUAAAAUUGCUAAUAAAGUCGAAUCAUUGGGAUUACAAGGAACGCCCGUUGGUUGGGUAUUACACUGUUUGGGUGCAGAUGAAUCUGAUAUAGCUCAUUAA